AUAGAGACUAGAGAGAAAAAGAGAGAGAGAGUGUGAGUGAGGUUAGAGGAGUUUAUUAUUUAUUAUAGUUAUUAUUUUCUUAACAAAAUGUUUUCGAAAAGAGGAAAAUUCAGAAACAAACGAGGUACAAACUAUCAGAGACCCAGUUAUCAGAAAAGAAUAUACCGACAUUGCGAGCAAUUACUAGAAGCAGAAGUGGGUAUAACCGAAUUCAUCAACCAACUUGAGGGCUUCAGUGGUGUUAUCAAAGCGAGAUUUUCAGAUUUCCAAGUGCACGAGAUCAACUUACAAGGCGAAGUUGCAAAACUAACUGACAUCUCGAUCCCAAAAGAGUUUUCACAGAAAAUAAUGAAGACUGACUUCAGAGAGGUGCAGCAGAGUCCUAACGAAUACAUCCCCCAAGAGAAAUGGGAAGCUAUUAAAAAUGUAGCACAAACGCCGGAUAGUGAACCGGUACUUUUAGAUGUUGAAGCCUUGAGCAAAGAAACCAGGAAAGAACUCCAUUGUUGCAUUAAGAAUCAUUUCGGUAGAAAAGUCGUCUCUUCCACUGUGCAAAAAGAUGGAAAACCUUUUGUCGAGGUCAGGAAAUAUAAUAAAGACAAUCCACAUGAUACACAGCGGCAGUGGCCUCUAGGGGUAGACGAGUAUGUUCAUUUCAUUGUUUACAAAGAAAAACUUGACACCAUGGAGGCUUGUAUGAAGAUCGGCAGUGCCAUGAAAAUGCCCCCCUCUAAAAUUGAUCAUGCAGGAACCAAAGACCGAAGAGCCAUCACAACUCAAUGGUUCAGUAUCCAUAAAGUAGAACCGUGGAGGUUACUGGCGAAAACAAGAAAGUAUCCACAAAUGAAAUUUGGAAAUUUCACGUUCAAAAAAGAACCUCUGCGGCUGGGUCAGUUGAAAGGAAAUGUCUUUGACAUUGCUUUGAGGAAUGUUACUGCCACAGAUGAAAAUAUCGCUCAUUCUUUGAACGCAUUGAAGGAAAAUGGUUUUAUAAAUUACUUCGGUCUUCAGAGAUUCGGAAAUGAUAAAGAGGUGCCUACCUUCCAAGUUGGGAUAAAACUUUUGCAGGGAAAAUGGAAGGAAGCUGUCCAACUGAUAUUAAAACCAAAAGCCUCGGAUGACCCUGGAUCACCUCAGGCAGACAUAGUCAUGGCAAAAAAGAUCUAUACCGAAACUGGAGAUGCGAAAAAAGCAUAUGAGGUUGCUGAAAGGAAUAAAGCCUCCGCUGUAGAGUUUAAACUCCUGGAAGGGUUAUCGAAAAAUAAUGAAAAUGAUUAUGUAAAUGCUUUGGAGAAAAUACCCAGAUCGAUGAGACUUCUUUAUCUUCACUCAUUCCAAAGUUUCAUUUGGAACAAGAUGGUGUCUAUGAGACUGAAGUUGUACGGGAUGAAACCUGUAGAAGGAGAUUUGGUGUUUGUGACGGACCUGCAAGAAGAAAGUUCAGGAGAAUCUGUGUUGGCAGCUGCUAAAGAUGAGGACUCAGAAGUUGAAGCUAAUGAAGGCGUCAAGUGUAAAACGGAGGUUAAAGUUUUAACGGCAACCGACAUUUCAAAUUACACAGUUUAUGACGUGGUUCUACCCUUGCCCGGCUAUGAUGUAGUGUACCCUGAGAACUUGAAGCAGUAUUAUAAAGAAGCCUUGGAGGAACAUGAACUGACUUUGGAGAUGACAAAACAAAAAGUCAGAUCGUACAACCUGUCAGGCGACUACAGGAAAAUCUUGGGAAGAGCGAAAGACUUAUCAUGGAAAAUAAUGAAAUACGAUGACCCUACUGAAGACUUGAUCAGGUCAGAUUUCCAAGAACUUCAAGGAAAACCAGAACCUGUCAGCAUUGAGGGUGGGAAGUACAAGGCGUUGGUGUUGGAGUUCAGUUUAAAUUCCUCUUCAUAUGCAACGAUGGUGCUACGGGAAUUCUUGAAAUGCGAAACUUCGAGCUUCGCACACUCUCAGAUGAACGACUACCAUGAAGAAAAGAAGCAUAGUAAAGUCGUUGCAGAUAGUGUUGACACUAAUGAAGGGGAACGUAACGAAGGAGACGUAGAGUGCGAAAUUGCUCCUUCGAAUAGUCUUUUGGCGAAUCCCAAGAAGUACGAGGAAUUCAAAAACAGUAUUUUCAACAGCAUAACUCCGUCGCUGAAGCGGCCUAAUGCAGAGACUGAGGUUGAAGAAGCCAGCAAGAAGGCGAAGAAUGAUGAUGAGGGAAUCAAGACGCAGGCAUCUCUGAUAUAAAUUGUUUUUAUGUUUUGUUUUUGUUGAGUUAACGAAUAUAUGACAUAAUUUUUAUAUAAUAAAUUUGUGUACUCGUUG